GCCUCGAUUGUCUCAUCUGUUUGAUGGAGGUGAUAUGACCGCCUAGCUCACAGGACUGAUGCGUGGACAAAAUGACACUCAGAGCCGUACGUGAAUGCAGAGCCAGAGCCUCGGAGCCUCUCCCUUGGGGGCCACGUGGGCUUCGACAGCCUCCCGGACCAGCUGGUCAGCAAGUCGGUCACACAGGGCUUCAGCUUUAACAUCCUCUGUGUGGGGGAGACUGGCAUUGGCAAGUCCACACUGAUGAACACGCUCUUCAACACGACCUUCGAGACCGAGGAAGCCAGUCACCAUGAGGAGUGUGUGCGCCUGCGGCCCCAGACCUAUGACCUCCAAGAGAGCAAUGUGCACCUCAAGCUGACCAUUGUGGAUGCUGUGGGCUUCGGGGAUCAGAUCAAUAAGGAUGAGAGUUACAGGCCCAUAGUCGACUACAUCGACGCGCAGUUUGAAAACUACCUGCAGGAGGAACUGAAGAUCCGCCGUUCCCUCUUUGACUACCAUGACACGAGGAUCCACGUCUGCCUGUAUUUUAUCACGCCCACGGGGCACUCCCUCAAGUCCCUGGAUCUGGUGACCAUGAAGAAGCUAGACAGCAAGGUGAACAUCAUUCCCAUCAUUGCCAAGGCUGACACCAUCUCCAAGAGUGAGCUCCACAAGUUCAAGAUCAAGAUCAUGGGCGAGCUGGUCAGCAAUGGGGUUCAGAUCUACCAGUUUCCCACUGAUGACGAGGCUGUUGCCGAGAUUAACGCAGUCAUGAAUGCACAUUUGCCCUUCGCUGUGGUGGGCAGCACUGAGGAGGUGAAGGUGGGGAACAAGCUGGUCCGGGCACGGCAGUACCCUUGGGGCGUGGUGCAGGUGGAGAACGAGAACCACUGCGACUUCGUGAAGCUGCGGGAGAUGCUGAUCCGGGUGAACAUGGAGGACCUCCGGGAGCAGACCCACAGCCGGCAUUACGAGCUGUACCGGCGCUGCAAGCUGGAGGAGAUGGGCUUCCAGGACAGCGACGGCGACAGCCAGCCCUUCAGCUUGCAGGAGACCUACGAGGCCAAGCGCAAGGAGUUCCUGAGUGAGCUGCAGAGGAAGGAGGAAGAGAUGAGGCAGAUGUUUGUCAACAAAGUGAAGGAGACAGAGCUGGAGCUGAAGGAGAAGGAGAGAGAGCUCCACGAGAAGUUUGAGCACCUCAAGCGGGUCCAUCAGGAGGAGAAGCGCAAGGUGGAGGAGAAGCGCCGGGAGCUGGAGGAGGAGACCAAUGCCUUCAACCGCAGGAAGGCCGCGGUGGAGGCCCUGCAGUCCCAGGCCUUGCAUGCCACCUCGCAGCAGCCUCUGAGGAAGGACAAGGACAAGAAGAACAGAUCAGAUAUAGGAGUACACCAGUCGGGCAUGAGCCUCUCCAACUCUAAGGUGAUGAUGACCAAGGCCAGUGUGGAGCCCUUGAACUGCAGCAGCUGGUGGCCCGCCAUACAGUGCUGCAGCUGCCUGGUCAGGGACGCGACGUGGAGGGAAGGAUUCCUCUGAGGCAGCAGCUCCACCACGUGGGGCCAGCCCACGACCACCAGGGCGUGGAACUAGAGACCGUGGUUUUUAAUGUUAGAACACAAACCCCCCUACCUUUCAUAGAUAAAUGACCAAAAGUGCAAACAAUUUCAAUUGCCAUCAGGGAACAUCAAAAGUUGCCCCACCCUUUUCAUUCCCAUCCAUGGCCCCCCAAGGGACUUGAGGCUUAAUACUCAUUCUGUGGCCAAGCUGAGCUUCAACCUUGGAGAGAAAAGACAAUCUGCUUCCUGACAUGGUCAUUAUGAGCUUAAAGUACCUAGAUUACAAUGUUUCCAUGCUGAAAAACAGAAGCAUACUCUUCAAGAUUAAGGUAGCAGAAAAGUUACUUGUAUCUGUUUGACAUGAGAAGAAACUGCAACUUGGCAACAGUGGCCAGUUUCCAUAAUGAAACAGCCCUUAGUGAUUUAAUCUUCAUGCUUCAUAAUAGACCCAAACCCCAUGACAUUUCCACAUUGCAUAAUUUUGCCUUACUAACAGAAUCAUAUCUUUAAGGAUGACCAUCAUUCCCGAACUAAAAAAAUACCAACUAAUACGACAUUUUUUAAGUGCCAGAUCAAUAUGGUCUAAAGCCUCAAUAAGGAUUGUGUGUAGGUGAAUAAAGACAGCUAAGUGAAUGUGUGUAAAGUGUAGCAAAAGCAGACAGCUUUUUAUGUACAGUAUUCAUAGAAUGGAAAGCUAAAUAUUUUUGCAGUGUGUAUUUAAAAGAGAAACUCGCCACAAUAGUGCCGUUUAAAAAUCUUUAUAAAGUUAAUUUAAUGUCUUUUAGAAGUGGGAGUCUGGUGGAACUGUGUUGGAUUUAAGAUACAUUUUCACUCUUACGUAUGUCGUGAGCCUUGUGGGUCACCUCCCCGUGGUGCAUGCUCAAGGGCGUGUGCCCGCCUGUGCUUGGCCGUCCUACGUUGUGAACAGCUGUUCCAAAGGUACAAAUGAGUCUAGGGUAGACUCUGCCAACCCCUCGUACUUACUAUGGUCAAGAAGUCCAGCGGUGUCGCAAUAUAGAGGUCCCAGUGCAGUCUGUCCAAAAUAGCCAGCUCCAUCCUCAGCAGCUCAUUUGGGGUAUAGCCAGAGCCAUAGUGCUUUAAGAAGUCUUUUACGCGUGGAAUUAACUGUAAAAAGAAAAUAAAGAGGCCAAAGCCCUGUAUCAUGUUAA